AUGCUGACAUGCAUUGAUCGCUUUAAUCGGUGGCCGGUUGCUGCGCCCAUUCCGGACAUCAGUGCUGAAACUGUUGCGAAAGUUUUCUUGACUCAUCGGGUGUCCAAUUUUGGAGUUCCUGCGACUGUCACCACUGACCGCGGAUCCCAAUUCGAGUCCAUGCUGUUUCGCGAACUCAUAUCCCUUCUCGGCACCAACCGAAUCCGAACAACAGCGUAUCACCCUCAAGCAAAUGGUCUCGUCGAACGCUUCCAUCGACAACUGAAGACUUCCCUUAUGUCCCAGCCCGAUCCUUCCCCAUGGUCUGAUCACCUUCCCCUGGUGCUGUUGUCCCUCCGUUCCACUCUCGAGGCCGACAUCGGUUGCACUGCGGCUGAUCUUGUCUACGGAACCUCCCUACGACUGCCCGGUGAGUUAUUGUCUCCUUCAAACACGCUAACUUUUUUUGAGCCUUGCAGUUAUGUGGAGCGACUACGUAGUGCCAUGCCCAAUCUCCGCGCAACGCCCCCUCGGGCGUCACCGGCCAAUUCCUUCGUCCCUCCCGACCUGGAUAAGUGCGAUUUUGUCUGGGUUGGGCAUGACGCUGUCCGGCGGCCACUACAACCACCCUAUGACGGGCCGUAUAGAGUCCUUCGUCGAUCUGACAAAGAUGUUGUCAUCGAUCGCAUCGGCAAGACCGACACAGUCAGCAUUGAUCGCGUCAAGCCGGCCUACAUCGACGACAGUGACCAUCCCUCACCUCAACACUGUACCCCGCCUCAGACAGUGCGGCCUCCUCCACCUACUGGCGACAGACCGCCUCCGGUUCGCCGCACACGAUCUGGUCGACACGUCCAAUGGCCCGACCGGUUUGUGGCUGGCUAG